UUUUUUCACAAUUUAAUUAUUUUUUUUCAUAUUUUAGGUUAAAAGUUUUUCAAAAAAAGAAUUUAGUAAGAAUAUCCAUAUAAUAUAUGGAAUAUCCCAAAAUCCAGAUACAAAUGAUUAUAUUUUGGUUUUAAAUUUUAUAAAUCAGACAAGUGGAAAUAAUAAAAUUGAUGAUUUUGUUCAGGAAAUGCAAUUGAAAAUUAAUGAUAUCGUAUUUGAAUGGAUACCAUACAUUCAAUUUUAUGAAGUUAAAGAAACAAACAAAAAUAGUUUUGCAACAACAUAUUCUGCAAUAUGGAGAGAAGGUCCAAUUGAUAAUAUCUAUAAGUAUAAAUAUAGAAGAAAUCCAAAUAAAAAUGUUUUCUUGAAACAAUUACACAAUUCACACAAUCUUACUCAAUUUGUAAUAAAUGAGGCUAAAAAAUAUUCAACAAAUAGUAGUAGUUUUCUUGUAAUAUAUGGAAUUUCUCAAAAUCCAGAUACCAAGGAUUAUAUAUUAGUUCAAAAUAAACUCAUUAACUUCAAUAACUAUAUAACUGGAAGUGAAAAAAUUGACAAUGCAAUUCAAGAAAUACAAUUAAAAAUACUAAAAUAUGAUGAUUUAAUAUUUGAAUGGGUACCAUACAGUCAGUUUGAUAAAAUUAAAAAAAUAGGAAAAGGUGGUUUUGCUACAAUAUAUUCAGCAAUAUGGAGAGAUGGUCCAUUAUAUUUGGAAAGUCAGGGUGAAAAUUAUAAAAGAGAUUCAUUUAAAGAAGUUGCUUUAAAAUGUUUAGAAAAUUCACAAAAUCACAUUAAUGAAUUACUAAAAGAGGUUAAAGCAUAUUCAACUAAACCUACACAUAGUAGUAUUUUAAAAGUAUAUGGAAUAUCUCAAGAACCAUGUACAAAAAAUUAUAUUAUUAUUCUUCAUUAUGCAGCAGGUGGAAGUUUUGAUCAUUGGGUAAAUAUAAAUGAAAAUUAUAAAAAUUUUAAUUGGAAAAAGAAAAUACAAGCAUUAUUAUAUAUUGCUAGUGGCCUUAGAGAACUCCAUGAUGAGCAAAUAGUACAUCGUGAUCUUCAUACAAGAAAUAUAUUAUUUAAUAAUCCUUCUAUAAAGCCUUACAUUAAAAUAUAUAUUUCAGAUAUGGGAUUAUGUGGAGAGGUUGGUAACCUAGAUAAAACAAAAUUUUAUGGAGUUAUUCCUUAUGUGGCACCUGAAGUAUUAAGAGGAAAACUCUACACCAAAGCUGCAGACAUCUAUAGCUUUGGUAUGAUUAUGUAUUUUGUAGCAACUGAAAGACAACCUUUUGACAAUCGAGCACAUGAUUGUUGUCUAACAUUAGACAUUUAUAAUGGAAUUAGACCAGAAAUAAAUGAGAAAGCAAUACCAAGAUGUUAUAUUAACUUAAUGAAAAAUUGUUGGGAUUCAAAUCCAAAAAACAGACCUGAUGCAACAGUAUUAUCUAGAGCACUUUCAUCAAUUUCUAUAAAUAAUUUAUAUAAGGCAGAAAUUGAAGAAGCAGAAAAGCAUAGGAUUUUACACCUAUCUUCAUCGAAAGUAGAUAGACAAGUAAAUACUCAUCCUCAGGCUAUUUAUACAUCUCGAUUACUAAAUCCUUUUACGGAAAAUCUUCCGAAGUAUAUUGAUGACAAUUCUGAAUGCCUAGAUUGUGCAAUCCUAGAUGAAUGAUUUUACAGAUUUAGCUUGUAUAUAUAUAUACAAUAUAACAUUUGUAAUUAAAUAUAGUAUUUGUUCAACACUGGUUAUAAUAGAAUAUUGUAAAUGUAAG